UGACUCUGUGAUAUAUCAAAGAAAUGUAUAACGGUAUUUCCCCACAAGUUUGCAAGACGCUAGAGCAAUUAGCUAUCGAAAGCGGGGUCAAUUUCAAGAUAGUUUCCCAUGACUCCAACAAUAAAGGUGCAGGUUAUUCGGGAGAAGUUAUAUUCGUGAAAUUAAGGGAUACAAAAACUCAUAAAGAGACCAAUGUCAUUGUGAAACAAGCUCUAAAAGACCAGUCCCUUAGAGACUCGUUGUCAAUAAGGGAUAUUUACAUGAACGAGAUUCACUUUUAUUCGAAGGUUUGGCCUGUGCUGGACAAGUUUCAAGAACAAAUUCCGAUGCAAUACCGCUUCCAGAAGUUACCCAAAUAUUUAGCUUCGGUUUCGAACGAGAAUUUUGAGUACUUGGUAAUGGAAAACUUGAAGUUCCAACAUUUCCAGAACCUUGAAAAGGAAGUGUUUUUAGAUAAGGAACAUUACGAACUUAUUAUGAGGGAAUACGGGAAGUUCCAUGGUAUAUCCUUCGCCUAUAAAGCUUUGUACCCUGAAGAGUACGCUGAUUUAGCACAAGGGUUGGCAAGUAUGUUUUCGCAUAUGGUCCGGACAACAGAUUUCUUUGAAAAAUCGAUAAAGUAUGCAUUUGAAAUAUGUACUGAAUACUUUGAGCCGGGAGUAGAUGAUGCCGUGAUCGAAAAGUUACGACUCUAUCUUGAAAAUGGUAAAGAGUUGUUCUUGGAAAGCAUAGAAGGUAAAACGAAAUAUACUGCCAUCACCCAUGGGGAUUGUUGGAGCAAUAAUAUGAUGUUUAAGUACGAUGAUUCCAAAAAGGUGACGGAUGUAAGAUUUUUCGACUUGCAAUUUGCCAAAGACGGUUCUCCUUGUUGCGACCUCUCAUAUUGCAUCUACGCAGGAGCACCGAAGGAUGUCUUGAAGAAUCUGGACUAUUACCUUCAAGUUUACCACGAUAGCCUGUCCGAAACCCUCAAGCAAUUCGGAUGUAACUCCGAGGAUGUUUACCCUCUACAAACGCUGAAGAAGGAUUGGAAAAGGUUUUGCAAGAUAGGGAUUAUAUUCGGUACCAUGGUUAGGAAAAUGAAAUUCACAUACGAAUUGAGUGACUUUACAGAUGUUGGAAACGACGAACCGGAAAAAGUAUUCCAAACUGACUACGAUAAAGAUGCGUUCAGCAAAAGUGUUAAGGAUUUGUUCUAUCACUUAGUUGAAAAUGAUUUUUUUUAAAGUUUGUUAAAGAAAAUUAAUGAUUUGUUACAUGUCAAGUACAUCACUGUCUUUUCAUUGAAAUCACAAUUUCAUGUUUUGUAAUUAUAGGUCACAUUUUAUGAAGUUAAGUAAAUAAAAGAAAUAUUUAAAUUAAAAUAAGUCUAAAACGGCUGAUCAGUUCCAAUAGAAAAAUCAGUAAAAGAAGAAAGGACAUGGGAUUAUAAAGUCUCUAACAUAUAAUUGUAACCUGAGGGGUUAUGUCUUUAUUUAUCUAUAUAUCGUUAUGAC